GAGGAAGAGAAUAGAUGAAGCUCGGAGUUCAGGACCCCGCCCACGUCCAGCCCAUGCAAGGCUUAUCCGCCUCAGCCACCCGGCAGCAGGCUGGACGCGCGGCGCACCCGUACGGGUCCUGUUAAACCUAAGGAGCCCUGCAUUCUCACUAAGAAUGGAAAUCCCACCGACCCACUUCCCAGCCGCCAGGGCGGCCUCAGUGGCGGAGAACUGCAUAAACUACCAGCAGGGGACCCCCCACAAAGUGUUUCUGGUGAAGACUGUCAAACAAGCCAGCAUGGAGGAUAUUCCAGGAAGAGGACAUAAAUAUUGCCUUAAAUUUUCUGUGGAAGAAAUUAUCCAAAAACAAGUAACAGUGAACUGCACAGCUGAAGUACUUUACCCUCUGGUGGGACAAGAUACUGUACCAGAAGUCAACUUCACAUUUGAAGGAGAAAUUGGAAAGAACCCAGAUGAAGAAGAUAAUACAUUUUAUGAAAGGCUCAAGUCUAUGAAGAAACCACUAGAAGCACAAAAUAUUCCAGACAGUUUUGGAAAUGUAUCUCCAGAAAUGAAGCCAAUUCGACAUUUAGCCUGGGUUGCCUGUGGUUAUAUAGUAUGGCAGAAUUCUACUGAAAAUACUUGGUAUAAAAUGAUGAAAAUUCAAUCUGUCAAGCAAGUGCAAAGAAAUGAUGACUUUAUUGAAUUAGACUACACCAUUCUACUUCAUGACAUUGCAUCUCAGGAGAUAAUUCCUUGGCAAAUGCAAGUUCUCUGGCAUCCGCAAUAUGGUACUAAAGUAAAACAUAAUAGCCGUCUGCCAAAGGAAGCAUUCAUGGAAUAAACCAAGACACCAACACUAGAAUGAAGAGUAACACGCUUAUUAAUGAGUGCAUGCCAGUCUUCAUUGGUAUCUAGCUUAAGUGUCACUUUCUAUAAAUGUCUUGAUUACAGUAUAGAACUAUGUAGAUUCCAUAAUAAAAAGUAUCACUGUGUUAAAAUGUAUAGUGCUAUGUAUACUCCAUAAUAAAAAGUUUCAAUUCCA